AUGAGCCUAAGCGAUACAAAAGGGAAACUAUCUAAAGAUAAACUAGCAGAAGCACUUCGACGCAAAUUGGACAUAGGACAAGCGAACCCAUAUUUUCUACUUGCUUUGCCAAUAGCUUCUAAAAAAAAAUCAAAAUAUUUAAAUAAGCUUCACAAUUUGGCAGCUAGCUCAAGACAAUUGAAUCAAGAAUCAAAAGCAGUCCUUGAAUUAGGGCCUGAAAUAAUUGACAUUAUGUAUUAUGAAGUAGAUGAAGAAGAAAUUGAGAUAUCAUAUUUGGAUAGAUUAAUUCGUGUAAUUUCCGCUACCACGGUACAUCCUUUAGCGUAA